GGCGGAGCCGGACUCGCAGGCCGGGCUGCGAUUGGCCGCGUGGGCGCGGGCUGAGCAGCGGGUAGGCUUGCCUGUGCCAACGCCCUUUAGCGCUGGCUCUCGCCGGAGACGGGAGCGGCUCUUUCUCUCCGCCACAGCCCCGAGCGAGGCAGCCGAUCGGGUGGCGCCCGCGGCCCGGCCUAGCGCAGCGGACUCAGGUCGUGAGGUGCAUUCUUGCUUUGAUAGUGUGACAUCGCCAGCUUCUCCUGCCUUUGCUACUACACUGCUCCUGCCCCACUGCCAGCCACUAUGGAUAAAACCGAGUUGAUCCAGAAAGCCAAGCUGGCUGAGCAAGCUGAGCGCUACGAUGAUAUGGCCACCUGCAUGAAGGCAGUAACUGAGCAAGGUGCCGAGCUGUCCAACGAGGAGCGCAACCUGCUCUCAGUGGCCUACAAGAACGUGGUGGGGGGGCGGCGCUCUGCCUGGAGGGUCAUCUCUAGCAUUGAGCAGAAGACAGACACCAGUGACAAGAAGAUGCAGCUUAUCAAGGACUAUCGGGAGAAGGUGGAGUCUGAGCUCAGGUCCAUCUGCACCACUGUGUUGGAGCUGUUGGACAAAUAUUUAAUAGCUAAUGCAACUAAUCCAGAGAGCAAGGUAUUCUACCUGAAGAUGAAGGGAGACUACUUCCGAUACCUUGCUGAAGUUGCAUGUGGCGAUGACAGAAAACAAACAAUAGAAAACUCACAGGGAGCUUAUCAGGAGGCAUUUGAUAUCAGCAAGAAGGAGAUGCAGCCAACACAUCCAAUUCGCUUGGGUCUAGCUCUUAACUUCUCUGUAUUUUAUUAUGAGAUUCUCAACAACCCUGAGCUUGCCUGCACACUGGCAAAGACAGCGUUUGAUGAGGCUAUUGCAGAACUUGAUACACUGAACGAAGACUCAUACAAAGACAGUACUCUCAUCAUGCAGUUGCUUAGAGACAACCUAACAUUAUGGACAUCAGACAGUGCAGGAGAAGAAUGUGAUGCUGCAGAAGGUGCAGAAAACUAAACUGCACGUGGGGCGUCCUUCUCCCUUUCCUUCUCAAGAAACCUUUUUACACGUCUCCAUUCCUUAUAGCUCCACUUGGAUUUCCUAUAGCAAAGAAAACCCAUCCAUGUGUAUGGAAAUCAAUUUAUAGUCUUUUCACACUGCAGCUUUGGGAAAACUCCAUUCCUUGAUUUGUGUUUGUCCUGGCCUUCCUGGUGUGCGGUUACUGCUGUAGAAAAGUAUUAAUAGCUUCAUUUCAUAUAAACAUAAGUAACUUCCAAACACUUAUGUAGCAGACUAAAGUGUACCUGGUAUUUAAAAACAAAUCUGAACCAGUUCCUGCCAGUUGAAUGUGUUUUGUAUUACAGUAAGAUAUGAAAAUGUAGUUAAUUGCAACUAAAGAGUGUUCCACCUAGCUUUUAAUUCUCCACAUUCCCUUCUUAUUCUGCAGGGUUUCCUUUCCAUAAUUGACUUUCACACGCUACUGUGUAUUCUUUUCAGUAGGAACAUGGAAGUAUUGGGCCAGAUCAAGCUGAGCAUUUCUAGUUUGGAAAAUGACAAAUUGAGUUGCUUCCUGUAUCAUGUAAUACAGAAGCUUGUGUGUUCAAAAACAGGAGCUUCUCUUAAUCUUCAGUUGCUGCUGUUUAAGUUGAUAUCCCUUCCCAAUAAAAGUUCACUUACACUCCUGCCUUCGUAGUUCUGGUAUUCACUUUACUAUGUAUUAGAAGCAGCAUGUUACUGCCGGAGUACAGGCAGUGCUUUUUGGCGGACUAAAGUGCAUGUCAUUUCUUAAUACACUGGAAUGGGAAAACCAAUUGAAGUUCACAUGUCCAAGUAUAAAAUUUAGUACUUUUCCAUGCAGGUUUGUGCACAUGUGAGAAGGUGUCAAGUUUGUCCAGUGAUUGUUAUUUAGAGAGUUUGGACCACUAUUGUGUGUUGCUAAUCAUUGAUUGUAGUCCCAAAAAAGCCUUGUGAAAAUGUUAUGCCCUCUGUAACAGCAAAGUAACAUUAAAUAAAAUUACAUUUUAUAAACCACUUACUGUUGACUUGUAACAAUUCCAUGUAAUCACUUAAGGGCUAAACUUAAAUGUAAGUAACUUGUGCUCAAAGUGUCUUUCUCAAAUCUAGUGCAUACUUUUAAAAGUCUGCUCUUAAAUGAACUUACUUCCUAUUUGAACACUGCAUUUUAUGAAAAUAUCCUGGAUAAUUUUUCAGUUAACCUGACAUGUGGACUUCUCAAUGACUAAAUCUACUUGAGCUAAUGGCUUCACCUGAAUAAUGACCUAAGAAAAAAUAGCCAAUUUCUUGAUAUUCUUCCAUGGCUAGCAAAUCAAAUCUUAUCUAAAUGAUACUUUUUUCUUUGGUAAUCUCACUAAGUUCUCCAGUCUCUCCUCAUGUUGCAUUUUUUCACUGAUGGUCAUCAUUAUUAUUACAGUAUUCCAGCUACAUGUUUAGAAAUGCAGAGGAAUUUGUCCUGCUCUAGAACAUUAGUUUGUGUGCUGCCACAUCAUAACCUGCUUUCUGUUGUUCUUAGACUGCUUUUAAUAUUACUGUUGUCCCCAAUUUUUGGAGCUUUUAGUAGUAAUACAUUGCUCUGCUUUUUUUUGUUUCUGUUCCCCUUUCUCCCCCUUAGAGCAUCUAAGAGUUAUUUCUUAAACCUCUACCUCUUAGUUUCCCAUGUUGGUGGGUUUUUGAAACUAUUUAACUCCUAUUAGUGUCCUGCCUAGACAGGAUAUGACAUGAUGAAAAAGGACGUAUUACUAGUCCUUGCAGGCUUCCGAUGGUACAUCUUCCACCUUCCAUGUUUUUGUUCAUUCUUUGAAUGUGCACAAUGAGUGUUCCUACAAUAAAACUGUUCAGUUUAUGUGCUUCAAUUGACAUGCAUUGCUUUAAAAAAAAAUGUAUCAAUUCAGUUUUCUUCAUGCAGUCACUUUGAAUUGCUGUCAAAGUAUUGUGUGGCAGGAUUCUACAUAAACUCAUAUGCUUCUUAA